AUAUCUUUAUAUCGCGCGCAAAGGUUCCUAAAACCGCAACAUGUCAGAUCACGUAAAACACCUGAUAGCAGAACCACCCCUGAGAAGGCGACGUUGUGUGAAACCUACUGCGUUGCUUCAUGUAUGCUGUCGGUGUGACAGGAGUGGUAGAGGUGCGAUAUCAAGAGAACGAGGAGCGAUGGAGGGCAGGUCUCGUAGGAUUACGAGGCUUAACAGGCUGCUCGAUGCUGUCGCGCUCGCCGAAGCACGAGCGGAAGAGAUCUCUGAUUUGUUGCCACAUCUUGGUGAUGUGUUGGUCGCGUGUGUUGUUGAUGAAAUGGAAGAAGAUAGGUGAGAAGGGGACCCGUGUUUUGAACUAUAGUGUCGUCGUCGGACGACAAACAAACCUGAGUGAUGGUCGGGGUGAGCCCGUAGUUCGUCGGUUGUGGUACCCGCCAUCGACUGUGAACGACUAUCCCACGAAUCGUGAGGAAGCGGAAACGAAGGCACGCAGCGUAAGCGAGUAACCGUCGACCACGGCACAUGAGAUGCUCGAGAUGCUCCCCCUUGAACUGAAAGGAGGUCCUAGGUGAGAGUGAUAGCAGAUACUGUCGACAACGACCAGCAUCGACGAACCCGAGCUAGCGGGCUCACAUCGUGCCGUGAUGCAACCG